AUGGAUCUGUCCUUUAUGGCCGCGCAGCUGCCCAUGAUGGGAGGCGCCUUCAUGGACUCGCCCAACGAAGACUUCAGCACGGAGUACUCCCUCUUUAACUCUUCCACCAACGUCCACGCGGCCUCCAGUGGCCAGGGCCAGCUGGAGGAGUCUCCGCGGUCCUCCAACGACGCGGUCCUGCUCUGGAUUGCCAUCAUAGCGACCCUGGGGAACAUUGUGGUGGUUGGGGUGGUGUAUGCCUUCACCUUCUGA